UUUAUCAAAAAGUUCAAUUGUAAUUAAAAUUAUUUAACUUCCGAAUGAUUUCAUUAAAACUAGCCAAUUUUGGUUUUAUAUUAUUUUCUGUGGUUAUGUAUACAAAAGCAGGUAUAAUUUUAAAAUCAAAUAUGGAUCAGUUAAAUACAUUAUUACAGUAUUCAGGAUGGAAAAAUUCUGAUAAUUUGAUUUACAUAAAAUAUUUCAAUAAAAUACAAUAUCCUCGUGAUUUUAUCGAUCCAGUCGCAGAUCGCUAUAAAUGUAAGCGAAAAAUAAGAAUGUUAACCAUACAUCUUGGGUGCACAUACUCAAAUGUUAUAAAUAAUCUUUUUUCAAUUAUUACCAACAUUAUUCAAAUUUGUCAGAACAAAUUAAAAAAAAAGGACGAUUAUUUUAAUGGAUGUACUUGCACCGAAGAACUCAUAAACAUAAUAUCCAUAUUUAUUAUUCCCCUGGCAAAAUUGAUGAAAGGAGCUAUGGAUUCUUUGGAUUUUUUACAUAGCGAACCUUGGGUAUAUCAAAGAUGUCAGUACAUAGUAAGUCCACGAUUAGGUAUAAUUGAAAAUAUUCUUAAUGAUUUAAACGAACAUAUAUUAUCACGUGAAGAUAUUUUUACUUACUUAUGGACAUUAAAUACAAUAGAAAAUCGUUUUCGAAUCGUAUCGAUAGGUAUAAAUCAUGACGUUGAACAAUAUUGUAAAUUAGUUCUACUUGGCAAGAAUUAUUUAUGGGAUAAAUGGUAUCAUGAGUACAAAGACAAUAUUAACCAAGGAAUUAAUUUAGUAUUUAUCAAAUUCUUAACCAAAAAAAUUAAGGAUUAUAUCCAGAAUGUAAUUAUACAAAAGUAUUUUCAACUCGGAUUUAAAUUUGAUCCAAUAACCGAAGAAAUCUUUUUACCAAAACCAAAGGAACCAAGUGAUAUAGAAUUGGAAUUUAGAGCACUAUAUGAAGAUCCUCCAUUGCCAAUAUUAAUAGAGACUAAUUAAAUUUUGUUCUGCAUUAUUUUUUUUAAAUAAAUCAAAAUUUACAUAAUUAAUUUGUAAAUCAAUGAAUAAUUAUGAAAACAAAAUAAUACGAUUUUAUUUUUAAUCACUAAAAAUAAAUGAUAUAAAUAGACAUUAUAAUCUUAAAUAUGACAAUAUUUAAGAUUUUCAACCCAACCUGCAUAAUAUAACAGUUAAUUAACAAUUAUAAACAUGACAACAAACAAUUAAAAAGUGAACUGGAAUUGUAGCUUGGAUAUUUUUAUGUUUAUACAUAAAUUUAUUAUUAUUUGUAAACAUGAAAAGCUUAAUAAAUAUAAUAUUGAUAUUAACAAUUAUAAAAAUUGAAU